UUGAGAAAAGAGACUUUAAAUAUCCUUGCAUAAACUGAAUUACAUAAAGCGACCAGACGCUGACCCUCGCUUGACUCACUCCGGUGAACAGAACAACAGCUGAUGAUGGCGGGGCUGUGUAGAGUUACCCCUGUAUUGAGAGCCACAUUAAAUCCAGGCACCAGCUCACUUAUUGCCAAACGGUUUAACUCGAAUAAGGUAUAUGGCCCACUUGCUGAUGCUGAUCGUAUUUUCACCAACUUGUAUGGUCGUCAUGACUGGAGGAUGAAGGGAGCUCUCAGUCGAGGUGACUGGUAUAAGACCAAAGAGAUCAUCUUAAAAGGAACUGACUGGAUACUGAAUGAAAUCAAGACAUCUGGCCUUCGUGGCCGCGGUGGUGCAGGGUUUCCAUCAGGCAUGAAAUGGAGCUUCAUGAAUAAACCUUCUGAUGGAAGGCCCAAAUACUUAGUGGUGAACGCUGAUGAGGGAGAACCUGGCACUUGUAAAGAUCGUGAGAUCAUGCGACAUGAUCCCCACAAGUUAGUUGAGGGUUGUCUGGUUGCUGGCCAUGCCAUGGGGGCCCGGGCAGCAUACAUCUAUAUCCGAGGCGAAUUUUACAAUGAAGCGUCUAAUAUGCAGGUUGCCAUCAAUGAGGCCUACAAAGCUGGAUUCCUCGGUGAGAAUGCAUGUGGCUCUGGUUAUGACUUUGACGUGUUCAUGCAUCGUGGUGCUGGAGCCUACAUCUGUGGUGAGGAGACUGCUCUUAUUGAAUCCCUGGAAGGCAAGCAGGGUAAGCCACGCCUCAAGCCACCAUUCCCAGCAGAUGUUGGAGUGUUUGGUUGUCCAACCACUGUUGCCAAUGUUGAGACUGUCGCUGUUGCUCCGACCAUCUGUCGACGUGGCGGCAGCUGGUUUGUAGGGUUGGGCCGGCCCCGUAACAGUGGCACAAAGCUGUUUAACAUUUCUGGCCACGUAAACAACCCGUGUACAGUAGAAGAAGAGAUGUCCGUUCCUCUGCGCGAGUUAAUUGAACGUCAUGCAGGUGGUGUGACAGGCGGCUGGGAAAAUCUUCUUGGUGUUAUUCCUGGUGGUUCAUCUACACCAGUCAUUCCCAAACAUGUAUGUGAAGAAGCUCUUAUGGACUUUGAUGGGUUGGUGGCUUGCCAAACUUCACUUGGUACUGCUGCUGUUAUUGUAAUGAAUAAGCAGACAGAUAUUGUGAAAGCUAUUGCACGCCUUAUUGAGUUUUACAAGCAUGAAUCCUGCGGUCAGUGCACACCAUGCCGCGAGGGAGUAUCUUGGAUGUUCAAGAUAAUGAGUAGAUUUGUGAAAGGUGAUGCUCGACCAGAAGAAAUUGAUGCCCUAUGGGAAGUUUCCAAGCAGAUAGAAGGUCACACAAUAUGUGCUCUGGGUGAUGGUGCUGCUUGGCCAGUUCAGGGACUAAUUCGACACUUCCGGCCUGUCCUUGAGGAAAGAAUGGCUAAUUUCGCUGCUUCCAAAGAGGCAGUGGCAAAUUAGUUUCCUUGUUCAGAAAAAGAAAGUAGUGAAAUUUCAUAUUACAGUAUAUCUGUGUAUGCGAAUAAAGCUCAUCCUUUAUUUUGCAUCUUAAUUUUGUAUAAAUUAUUUAAUUAUCAUAGUUAUUUUUUUGGCUCAAAAUUUAAUGGCUUUUAUUGACAUAGUUUGAGGUGAGGAACUUAACACAUUGUUCCUACAUCUGCUAUAAAGAAUUUUGGAUUUAUAUAAGAUUAAUUUGUAGGUACUUUUGAUUUUUUCGAUUAUGUAUGAGUACUGUACUGUAAAGUGAAACAUAUUGAUGAAGUGAUACAUUUUUGUACAUAUACGUAUUACAAAUAUAUUGUAACAUACCAAGUAUUCUGUAUUUAUUGAUAAUAAACAAGUAAGGAAAGUAA